AUUUGUUUUUCGUGGAGAUUCUCAGUGCGGCGGCUUCAGUGUCUCCUCUAACGCACAGAUGGAUGAAACGGAAUCAGAUAAAAAUGACCAGACGGCACAGAUGAAGCAGGAGGACAUGGACGUUUCUGUGGCAGAACAUCUGGAAGGUCUCACCGUGACUCCUGAAAACACAGACGUGUCAACAUCGUGCACACAGACAAAUCCAGAUGAGCAGGAAAACUCGGCAGCAGCAGCAGCAGCAGCAGCAGCAGCAGCAGCAGCAGCAGCAGCUCUUUCCUCAGUCACCGCGCGUAAGAUGGAGGACUGCAGUGAUGAAGAUGAUGAUUCAGACAGUGAUAGCUCGUCCUCCUCAUCCUCCUCGUCCUCCUCAUCCUCGUCUUCUCCCUCUCCCCCCAUACUUGAGGACGACGAUGAGGGUUUCAGCCAGCCGGCCCCCAUCAAAACCAUGGAUGAAGUCCUGCUGGAGGAGCUGCCGGCAGUCGAGGAACUGUCUCUGUCGUUACCAGAGGAAGUACAACUGAAACCUGUUGGAACAAUCUCCAGUGUCAUUCAGCAGCUCGUCGUCAUCCAGUCUCUGAAAGACAUUCCUCCUCUGGCUGAAGACACCAUCAUCUUUCAGUCUGACAGGGAGGCUGUGGGAAAGGUGUUCGAGGUUUUCGGUCCAGUGUCGAGUCCGCUGUAUAUUUUACGCGUGAAGUCGUUGGAGAUGGUGAGCAGCAAAGGGCUGACGGAGGGACAGAUGGUUUACUACGCACCGGCAAUCAAAGAGUACACGGGAUACAUCCUCACACAGCAUCUCAAACUUUCAAGGGGUUCUGACGCGUCGUGGAAGAACGACCAAGAACCACCAGAGGAGGCUUUAGAUUAUAGUGAUGAUGAGAAAGAGAAGGAGGCAAAGAAGAAGAAAAAGACGUCCAGGAUGAGGCGGGACAAUAACGGCACAGAUAAUCCUGCUCAGAAUACCCAGAACACCUUGCAGCAGCAGCAGCAGCAGCAUCAGCAGCAGCGUGACGUCAGGGGUUUCCCACCGAGACACGCAGGGCCGUCAUUCAGGCACCACAACCCGAGAGGCAAACAGCCACCGUUCAGACACGCACAUGCAGGCUCACACAGACACAUGGAUGUUCCUCACGCAUACCUCCCCCCUCCUCCUCCUCCCCCAUCUCAUCUUCCUCCCCACUGCUCUUACCCUCCUCCCCCUCCUCCUCACCAUUACCCUCCCCCUGGCUUCCCUCUCUACCCUCCUCCUCCUCCGUCCUUCUUCAACCCGGCUUUCUCCUCUCACAUGUGGCCACCAAACUCUCUCCCCUUCUCUGACCUCCCUCCCCCGCCUCCCCCUCCUCCCCCUCCACCACCACCACCUCAGUGAUGCCCCUCCUCCCUCACACACACACACACACACAUUACAUUGUUUUUACUUUAAAAACAUUUCAGGCUGCAACAGUGAACCGUUGACUAAAUUCAUUUUAUAAUUUAUUCAACGGUUUGAAUGUUUGUUUAUUUUUUCAGGAUUUUUUCGCCUCUUAAAUUGUGAAUAUUCUCUGGUUAGUGAAGAAAUGGUUAAAACUGGAUCAUCUUUGGUUUGAUCAACAUUUAAUGGACCAAACGACGGAUUAAUCCUGAGUUGCAGCCCUGUAAAUUUGAGUUUAGUUUAGUUUCUGACAUCAGGGAUGUCGAUGAUCUGAUUGCAGAUUUAAAGCUGCAGUACGCAGGAUCACUUGUUGAGUUCUUUGGGUUUUUUUCGAUGCGUCGAAUCAUCUCUGUGAUUGGUUAAAUCUUAAUAAUGCCAAAUAAUGACCUUUUAAAUGUGGUUAAAGGUUUAGAUUAAGGAGACGCUGCUGUUUCUCCUCGUCUGACUGUCUCCGUGUCUCUGUUUCUUUCACACUUUUGGCCAAGGACAGAUUUGACGUUUUUACCCUCUCUGGCCACUUUAUUAGGUACAGGACACCUCAGAAAGUGUCACCAGACAUGGUCGACGUUGCCUCUGGCAGCAAAAACACGUUUCCGCUCACUGGAUAUUUUCUCUUUUUUCACUUCUGGACCAACUCAUGUCAUGAUUUAAGUCAUUUAAAACCCUUUUUUUUUUUUUGUCUGAUGUUCAGAUUGAAUUUCAGAAGCUUGUUCAGUUGCUGCCCUGUGAUUGGCUGAUUAGAUGGUUUGCUUUAACCCUUGACAGGAUGUCCUUACCAUAACUCAUAGACUGUUAUGUGAUAUCUAGGAAAUGCCAAACUUAGCGGAAAGCAGAGAAACGGAGCUUUGCGCUCAUAUACUUGUCAUUACGGUAGAACUUCAGGACUUCCGCGUAACGAGCGUCCAAUCACAGACGAGACUCACCAGCGCGUCACAGAUGUGGCGUCAGCUGCUCGGUGCCGUGAUUCUUAACCAGAAUAAGAGGGUUAAACCAGCAGUUUAACAGGUGUACCUAAUAAAGUGGGUCGAUGUGCAAAAUGUUUUUUUUUUGUUUUCAGAUAAUGUAAAAAAAAAAGAUGUGUAUUUUACAUUUCAUUGUUCUGCAUAUUUUUUUGUUUUUAAAUGUAGAAUCGUGGAAAUAUCUGUUUUUGAAACGACUGAACUUCACUUUCUUUUCCUUUGUUUGCCUUUCGAGAAACAAAUUUAAAAUGCCUUUGUGAGCAGAAGCGUAACUCGGUCACGUCCAGCUAACGUUACACACAGCGACGCUUUAAAUGUGUAAAUAACAUUCAAAUUGUAUAUGGAUUAUGAGUGAGGAGGAACAUGAACAAUAAAUAAACUCCAGUUGUGCAGAAGUGAUUGAAGCUGUGAUAACACAGACUUUAUAUCUUUUUUUUAUUAUCAUUAUUAUUAUUGGCUGGACAUUUUGUGAUUUACCACCAGAGUUAUUUGUUAAUGCGUUCAUCAGAAUCACCGUGAGAAGAACAAGUAAAUGUAUCUGGUGUCAAACGUGUCGUCUUCAGUUUGGAUUUCAAUGCUGACAGUGACGAGUGUGUCAUUGUAUCAUGUUAAAAAAAACACAAAUUGUGUCAAUAAACGUUGAAUUAUAUUGAAUUCAA